AUGGGCGUUGGUAUCGCUUCUGCAGCUUUUCACAUGAACCUCAAGUACCAUACUCAGAUGAUGGACGAUGUAUCCAUGCAUCUCACCACAACCCCGGUCCUCCACCGAGUCAUUACAGUGAACACCAGUCGCAGAACCUCGGUUAUUCUAGCCUUUCUGCUGGGUGCAGUUCUUAUAGGACUCAUAAUACACCAUGCACUGACAGAUGAACUUAUCUUACAUUCCGUCACGUUCGUGGCCAGCGUGACGAUCAUUGGAGUGCGGACAAUGCAGUUGAUCACCACUCGAACGCCAAAGGAUUCUCUCGUUCAACAGCAGAUCUGGGGUAUGGUAAGAUUUGGAGCUGCUAUAUUUGAGCUGGGAUUCCUCGUCUGGUUAGUUGAUGGGUGGAUAUGCGGAUGGCUGAGGAGCUGGCGGACGACUAUUGGCCUACCGUGGGCUUUUCUGCUGGAAUUACAUGGGUGGUGGCAUAUCUGCACCGGAGUUGGCGCUUACAUAUUCAUCGCGGUGAUUGAUCACCUAGUGUUGGGUGAAGAUGUUGGAGCUAUUGAGAAAUCAUUCGCCUGGCCUGCGCCGUGGGCUUCUCGUUCUAUUUUUGCGGGUAAAGGUUCAGCCCUGGGUGUCACGCCGGAUCUCAAGACAGACUGA